GUACUGUGUUGAUAUUCGACGCCGGUAUUACGUCACUAGCCUCAACGCAGUAGACAAUAAAACACGACGUGUUGUGAUACUCGAAUUUUCCACGUUCUCCUGAAUAUUUGGAAAUAUCAUUUCUCAUUUUGUUGGUGCAAAAUCCCUCUUUAGGGCUUGAUCGAGAUGACUGGCAGGAAUCCCUUCGACGAAUUAUCACUGAGGGAUUUAAUCUCUGAAGAUGGGACAACGUUCAAUGUGGGCAGUGAAUUCACAGACAUUGAUGAGGAGUAUUUGUACAGAGAAAAGAUGACCUUCACUGAUGAAGAAUUGUUAAGGGUGAUCAACAUGCAAGAGUUUUUCGACGACGAUGACCAAGUGGAGGAAGAAUGCGAUAUUCCUCAAUCAGUUGGGAUACAUUUUGAUAAAAUUAAGGAGAAAAUGGAAGAUUUGACUGCAGAUGGAAAGGUGAAGAAAUUAAUAAGGCAAAAAGGUGUUGGGCCAGUCAUACCCCCAGAUGCACUCGUGACCAUCAAAUACUCGGGUUACUUUGAAGGAGAGGACGAGCCAUACGACUCAUCGCACGCACGGGGCAAUCCUGACAGAUAUCAACUAAAUGACGGCCAGCUGAUACCGGGGUUUGAGCUUGCUAUCCAGAGCAUGAAGAAACAUGAAAUUUCCAUCUUCUGGGUUCAUCCUGACUAUGCAUUCGGAGAACUAGGAUGUGCUCCACUCAUUCCACCUAGUGCUGAGAUCAUGUACGUUAUUUCAUUGAUCGAUUAUUUGGACAAUGCCUCUGUCAACAACUUUGAAAAUCUUAGCAUCGAGGAGAAGAAGAAAUUCCGCAAUGUGAAAGAUAAUGUCGCACAUAUUUUCAAAAUUGCCGCUGAUGGAUUCAAGCAGAGGAAGUACAAACAGGCUAUCAGAGAUUACAAAAAAAUCAUGAACUUCCUUGAGGAAGCGGAGCUGGAAGGAGAGGAAGACCAGGAUGAAAUGAAAAAACUAUUGACCAGAGCUGCUCAAAAUUUGGCAAUCUGCUACAACAGAGAGAACAUGCCCCGUCAAGCCUGCAUUGCUUGCAAUGAAGCUCCGUACAAAACGGCAAAGAUUCAUUUCCAUUAUGGAAGAGCUUUGAUAAAGAUGGGAGAGUACAACCAAGCGCUUUCUCAAUUGGAAAAGUGUUUGGCUCUUAAUCCAGGAAAUAUCUCCACUAUAAAAGAAAUGGAACUGGCUAAUCGCUUCGCUGAGAAAUACGAAGAGAUCGAGAAGAAAAUGUGGUCAAAGUGCUUGGGACAGUCUAACGAAACUCCUCAGAAAGAGAAUGAGUACGACCAAGUUGCUACUACUUUUGUCAAGGCUUUCGUGGAUGAUGAGCAUAUCAUGCGUCAACCAUUACCAGAGGGAUUGCUACCAGAAGCAGAGAAAGCAAUUCGAAGACAAGCAGCUAUAAAGGGCCUGAAAGUUACUUCACAUACUAGAUAUGGGAAAGAGAUUAUCUAUCUUUCAAAGAUGAAUUACUUUUAAUUUAUGAGAUUUUUUUUAUACGGAACUUUUUUGAGGAAAGGUGAAGGCUUUCCGGAUUUCACUAUUUUCUCUUGGUUCAUUACAUAGGGUGGAAGUACUCAUUAUCCUCUUGUUCUUCUUUCUAUUCCAGUUCAUGUCAUAUCCUUAAUGCUUAGUGAGGAUUCCAGGAGUUCAUGUCUCGAAAAAAUUUCCCCGGGAAAACCAUUGCCUAGCAACAAUUUAUUCUUCGAAAUUCCUCCUCACUAAAUUUCCCCCGUUGCAUUCAGGAAAUUCUCUCAGGAAAAAAAUUGACCUCGAUGAGUCUAAUUAAUGACUCACCUUCUAAAUUAACGAUAAAGAGAACUUCAAAUUCAAUUCCUAUGUAAUAGGAACAUAGUGCACAUUUUCUUUUAAUUUUGAGAGGGAAACUAUCAUCCGGGGAACUUGGGAAGAGGUAGUGGCUAAUAAAUCGGGUAAGUGUUUCUCUAAAGGAAAUAUUCGAACAGGAAAUAAACUCCACUGGAAGACUAUCCUAAUGAUUAUCAUUACAUCGAUUGAAGUGAUUUAUACUUAACAGUAUGGUAACUGCAAUAGUUGAAUGGUUCUAGAUACAAAUUGAGAUAAGUUUUUUUAUAUCAAGUUAACAAUGACGAUAUGCACUUUAUGAUUUUUAUUUUUUACUUUGCUAAAUGAUAAUCCACCUUAACUCUGUCGAAGGAGUUUGAAAAUGUCAAAUUACGAAGUAGAUUCUGACAUUGAACGGGUCCAAAUAAAUUUAAAAAAUGUCUGGGGCCGAAUUUUCCGGCACUCAAGUGCAGUUCAAACGUUCGUCCGAAGAAGGCUACGAAUUAUUUAUUAUUUGAUAUAAAGGUCUAGGGAGGAUACUUUAUUGAAGUUUCUACACGUACAGAAUAGAUUGCUAAAGGCUCCUGAAUAACGGUCAACUGUAUCCCCAAAUAGAUCACUACAAAGAAUAAAUAGACAUUCAUUCACUUCGUACAAAUGUUUUGGCCAUGGUCGUUUUCAAAUUUUCAUCAUUUCAGACUUGUCAAAGUUUCAUACACAUUUAUCGAAGUCACUGAACUUUUCGUUGAACACAAUUCAUUUAGAAAAAUACUCAGCCUCAAGUAUGAAACGUCCAAUCGGUCGAACUAUUUCAAUUUAAUUUAUAAUGUGGAAUAGUGAAUAUUCCACCAGUGAACAUACAUAAAUGUGAAUAUAAAGAUAAACCCAGUGGAAAUAGAUUCACGAAUUUCCUACGAAGAUGAAUUGGCUACAAUAUUUAGCUCAUAACAUAAAAUCAUCAGCAAUAUUAAAAUUCAUUAUUAAUUGAUUAAUUAAAUAAAAUUAACCCGAAUGAAAAAGUCAGUUCGAGAAUACGUCAGAUAAAUUUCAACAUGUUUGUCAUCAUUUAAGUCAUCCACUAUCAUUGACGAGAGAAGACUUAUAACAUAUAAACUUGUGUAAAUGACAUUAUUCAGCAAAGUCUGAAUCAAUAGUUAAAUAUGAAAACCAAAAGAUAGGUGCUAGUACUAAAGUCGAAUGUGGAACAUUAUUUUUUUACCUUUUCCGCAGAUAUAGUAUUAUGCAUUACGUAUUCUCAUUUUAUUCACAGUAUUAAAUCGACAAUUAUUAUUGAUGAGUAAAUCAACAAUAUAGAGUAUUGUUACUAAUGCUAUCAUUUAGUUCUAAAUGUAAGAUCGAUGAUUAGAUUAUUUUCAUCGAGAUAGGUAGUUUAUUUUUUUCUGCUGUAUUUCACUAUUCUAAAUAAAGCAAUGAUGAGUCUAA